AUAGAACGAACAUGUUAGCGUGGACAGUCUAAUGGAUCGAACCAUUAAGACGAAAGGGGCUCGCAGAUAAUAGGAGAUAUAUAAAAAAGGUGUUAUCCGGAUCUCGAGCAUUUUUCACAGAGUGGCACCAUCCGACUUUGCAGGAUGAUUUACGCGAGGGUUCUGGUGGUGUUAUCUUUGGUCGUGUGCCUAACCGUGGCCGCUGAUGAAUACGACUUUGACAAAACAGUCAAGGCGUUUGUAGAUAAAAUGUCUGAAGACAACAAGCAGCCAGUGUCCUGGCACGACGCCUACGGGAAACAUCCCCAUCUCAAGACAAAAGCGAGAUACCGGAGAAUGCACGUUACUUUACACGACCCGGAGUUCAAGUAUGGCGACGUGAAAACUGUUUCCAAUACCACCAGGGUCAUGCUCAACAAGUGUUUCACCAACCUAGAAGCGAACAAAACUCGUACCGUCAUCGUACAGUCUCUGUUGCAGCGCAACACUACCUUCGAGUGGAGGAAGAGCAAAACCUUCAAGUCCGGGUUCAACGUGUCCGGCACCGCCAAAUUCCCCAAGGUUCAGCUCAAUGUCAAGCUACCUGUAAGCUUCUCUAUCAACCUCAACACCACCACCGGUAAGAACGAAUACGACAGCGAGAUGGUCCACAAUGCACAAGAAAUUGCGGUGCCUCCGAUGACGGCUGUAUGUGCGAAAUGGACAGAGACCACCCUGGAAAUCGAGGCGCCGUGGACGGCCGACGUGGUGGCCACGGGGAACGUUGCCGUCUGGUACCAUAACAAGGUCAACGGUCAUUGGCUGUGGUUCUACCCUGUCGGACAUCUCACAAAGGUCGACCCCAGUCUGAAGAAGGUCAAAGACGGCGUAGCUGUCGAGACCGCAGGAACCUUCGUAGGCCACGGUGGGACCAACAUAGAGAUGAGGCUGCAACAAGUUCCCGCGUCUGAUGCGCCCCCAACCGCCAUGCAGCUCGUUGGUGACAGGACUGUCUACGGUCAAAGUGCCCCGGGGGAUGAUGAAGACAGCGAGGAGGAGGAUGACUAAUAAACUUAUAAACAUAUUCUGGAA